AUGGAGACACGAUCGCUGGAACAAGAGUUCUAUUUGGAGAGACGAGCAGUAUUUCAGCACGGCAGAAGGAUGAUCCAAGUCCUCCUCCAAGAUUGCCACGCAAGACUUCGCAAGUUCCGUCAAAGGAUUGACCAAGAAAAGACCACAUGCUGUGAGUUCAUGGGCGAGAUCGGGACAAAUCUGCUCCUGCAGAGGGUGACUGAACAAGCCCGCGAACAGAGAGUGAUACGCAACGCAGCACUGGAGAACAAAUUCCGAAAGCUGCCCAAUCCAACGUCGCCCAGAAACGACAAACUAGUGCACAACCUGUCGUCAAAGGAGCUGACGAAGGAUCAGAUGCAGGUUUUACGACACAAAGCUUCAUUUAACACGGCUGACGCCAAACCUGUUAACCUGAUUGCAGCAGUGGGAUCAAUCCUUAGUCAGACGGAGGCAACGGAGGAGACUAAGAGCCUCAUCCGACACCAAGUGUCGUCUCUCCUGAUGGCCCACAGGCCGAGGGAAGUGCUGCCCAAGAUCGAACGUUAUGCGCUUAGGGAACUCAACGCCGACAAAGACCUUGUCAUCGUGCCAGCAGACAAGGGAUCCUCCACGUUUUACUGGACAGGACAGAUUACCCUCAAAAAGCCAGGGUUUACUGCAGGACCGACAGUUCUACGACCCAUGUGCAACGAACCCUGUAAAAGGGCCGACACGCGAAAUUAAUGCUACGUUGUUGGCCUUGGAGAACUCUGGCGCAAUAACGCCGGCCGACAGACGCAUGGCGAGACCCCAAGAUACGGCAUUGGCCCGAUUCUAUGGCCUCCCUAAGGUGCACAAAAGACUGCGCUCCUCUCCGACCCAUCGUGUCGCUCAAAGGUGCUCCAACAUACGAACUGGCUAAGUGGCUCUUCCGGCGUCUCAAGUUCCUGACCGUUGAGUCAGACACCACGGUCUCUUCGUCAUUACUAUUCCUGGAGAAACUCGACGGUGCAAGCCUCCAUCCAAAUGAGGUCAUGGUAUCUUUCGAUGUUACGUCCCUUCUUACUUCCAUUCCCCAGGACCUGGCGAUCGAGGCAAUCGAGCUGCUUCUACAAAGCAAAUACGAUUAAACGGAGAAUCGUCUUGGACACGUCCAGGUCCUUAAGCUCCUGAAGUUCUGUCUCAGGACGAACUUCACGUUCGACUGGACAAUCUACGAACAGGUGAAGGGCACAUCACUGGGUUCGCCGAUUUCAGGAUUCAUCGCCGAGGCGGUCCUGCAACGGUUAGAGUCGCUGGUCUUCCAACACCACAGACCAAAGUUCUGGGCCCCGUAUUUGGAUGAUACCUUCGUCUUUAUCGACCGGGAUCAACUGCUGACAUUUAAGGAACAUCUGAAUGCCGUCUUCCCGGAGAUAAAAUCUACUAUGGAGGCGGAAGAGAACAACCGGCUGACCUUCCUGGAUGUCCUCGUAUGCCGCAAGGAUUGUGGUGGACUAAAGACCAAAGUGUUCAGGAAAGCGACAAAUACGAUGCAAGUACUGAACUUCAACAACAACCACCAAUCAGCCACAAACGCAGCUGUGUAA